AUGUCCGGUGACAGAGGCGUCGUUGCGGGCAAUCCCCAGGGGCAGCAAGAACGCCCAUUUUUCUUGCCAUGGAAUCGCAGGCUUCGGCACCUCCAAGGGAUUUCUGUGCGCAAUUUGAGCAUGGUCUCUACAUCCAGUUACCGUCGUGGGAAAACUAGUACUGAUGAAGAUAUUGAAUACACCUCGAAGUUGCCAACCAGACUUUUUGUCCAGAGCGAAGCCAGGACCCUCCAUCAAACUCGAUCCUGUACGGACUUGAACUCGCCCGAGAAUGAGUACAAAACUUUCAUGCAGAAGAGCUCUUCAACUCUGCAUGAUAUCAGUGCACAGAAACCAGGAAAACUGCGAAGAAGAAGUACCCUACACUGGACGGGUGCAAGUUCGGAAACGAGACAGAGGAAACUCGAAGAUUUAGCACGUGAAAGAAUGGCAGAUGCGUGGUAUUCUCUACAUGUCGCAGGCGUACCUGAGCCAGUUUACGUCAGCGAGGUGAUUGAAAGAUGCACCAAUCCCGCAUUCCGAUUCUUUGAUCUCAAUAUCAAUGGUCCACAGGUCGCGCGAGCCAACCAAGUCCAGCUAAAGCUAUGGGUGAAGACCGACAAGCUGGAAAAGUAUAUCUGUCUUCUAGACCUGCAGAUAUGUUUCGGAGCUCUUCAAUUCAUCGGCAAGAGUCUUGACAACUUCCAUCAACCAUUGCCACCAAACUCAAUACUGUUUCAUUUCGAGGACGGAAUAUACACAAGCUUUACGGAUAUGUCAUCUCACGAGCAGCCCAUCGCUUCAUUAUUGAAAAGAUCUGCAAAGACGGGUGUUUCAAGGCCGGGUAGAACUUCCUCUUAUGAUGCGCUGAUGCAGCUGGCAAAUUUGGAUGACUGUAUUCAAGACGCUCUUGCUACCAGAGCGAAGCUGGAAGAGCAGAUCAAUAGUCUUCUGUUUUGCAACAAAGAGGGGCUGCACAUCCUUGAGGAGAGAAGGAAAGCUCAGGAAGCUCUCAACGCGGUUCGUUCCGCAACUUCCGCCGAACAACGACAGUUUGGAUCACUUAACAAAAGAAGAGAUGAGAUCGUGGCGUCACUCGAGAUGAGAAGGAAUGCCAUCCAAUCGGGUCGAUUUCGCCAGAAUAAGAAUAAGUCCACAGUCCGCACAUUGGGCACGGCUAUACGUGAUACUAAAGCAAAAUCCCGGACGACAGUUGAUGCAGCAAGUGCCCAGGUUCGAAGGGUAUGUGAAGACUUGGAAUUCAUCUACCCACUAGAGCCGAUCAAGAACAGAGCUUUGCAUUUCAGCAUCCGCCACCUCUACCUUCCUAAUUCAGUGUUUGACGACACCAAUCGAGACGAAAUCGCCGCGGCACUAGGGUUCACCUCUACCCUUACCCAUAGGCUCUCUCUGUACCUUUUCACGCCUCUUCCCUACCCAGUUUCGCCAAACGCCUCAAUGUCGACGGUUGAAGACCCUAUAUCUAUCGGAUUAGCACAGCGCACAUUUCCCUUGUAUCCUACUAAUGUGUCCUACAAAUUUGAGUAUGGGGUGUUCCUGCUCAACAAAGAUAUCGAGUUCCUCAUGAAUAGAAACGGGUUGCGAAUAUUAGACAUCCGCCACACGCUUCCAAACCUGAAAUAUCUACUCUAUGUCCUGACAGCGGGCACUGGAGAGCUCCCAGCUCGGAAGGCUGGUGGGAUCAGGGCGUUGGGCACAGGCCGGUUGACACCGAUGCUCUCACGACAAGGCAGUGAAGACAGCAUGUAUAGCAGUGCCAGCUCCAAUCUUAAGCUUCCAGACGGGCAGGCAGCAAGGCACGGGAGCCUGCAUCAGCAGGUGAAUGGCAAGGAGAAGGCGGAAACGGAAACGGAUGUAUCGGCCCGAGGGUAUCCGUCCACAAGCGCGAAAACACAUGCAUACCGGAACAGCUCCCUCAGAGAAGCAUUCUGA